AUGGACAAUUACCUCGUGAAAACGCUGGCCUUACUUCUCGUUUUUCUGCAAAUCGGUCAGUUUUUGUGACGCCGAGGAAUUAGAUUUGUUCGGUUUUGACGUCAAGAGCUGGAGGAGAAGCUCUGCAACGUGGAUCUUCAUUUGCAAGCCCUUCAAUCUAAUUUCGGCCGUUUUCAGCCUCGUGCAUCUUCGCCGCCCAGAUCCGCGUUCAGAGCGACGACGACACGUCGCAAAGGUGGGGGAGCAUCUCUAACAAAGAGAUCUGACACCUAAAAGGCACAGAUUUUCGAUCCGAAUAUCAGGUUGAACAUCUUAUACUAGUCAGUUCAAGCUUAUUUCGGAUGGCGUUUUCCCUUGAGUCCCAAAACCCUUCUCUUCGAGGCGCGCGCUCAAUCACUGUGCAUGCGCCUUUAAUACCCGUAAUGUUUUCGCGUUUGGAAUGGUUGGACACGUACAGCCUGUACAGGUUGCGAAACAUUCGUUCUGAGCCUCUCAAUCAAAAAAAAAAAACUCGAACAAGCUGCUAUACGUCAGUUGAGCUGAACACCGGAGUCUGACUGCAACGCGACCGCGUCGACAGAACUAUGAUUUAUGAUGAUAAUUUAUUUUGAACUUUCGGUCUUUCCCAGAGUUUUUUUUUUUGUUAAGAAAGUGAUUUUUUAAUGGAACUCGAUUACUUUGAUGAGUUUCAAAAAAGUUUUCCUUCUCAAAAGGACAAUCUCUUUCUCAAAAUUUCUCACAGACAACCUCAGAAAUUCCCGGUAACUUAUUACCUUUUCAGAGUUUCGAUAUUUAUAGGCUGUUCAUAUUUUGAAUGUCAAGUACAAUGACGUCAUUCGAAAACGCUCUGUGGAUGGCUCGCUCUCUGAUUGGUUUAUCGGGUCAUUAGGGGCGGAGCUUUAGAAGCGACUUGACAAUCAAAAUCUGAACAGACUAUAACUAACCGCCUAUCAUGCCCAGUCGAAAAAUUUUGGAAAAGAGAAAAAAAAAACAGGAAAUUUUAAUGGAUCGAAAACGGGAUUUUUUCGACGAAAAUUUUUUGUGGAACAUUCGUUUUUACUGAAAUAUAAACUGAAGUAGACAAUUAUCUUUUUUGAAACUCGGAAUAUAACAGAGUUUUCCCACCAUAACUUUAUCACAAAUGAGACCGAACUUUUUAUUAUCGAAGAAAUCUUAACUUUUCCGUGCUCUAUCACAAAUUCAAGAUGAAGAAAUGACAUGAUCAUAUAUAGUUUGCUUCUGAUCUGUUGAUAAAAAAGUGGAAUAUUCUGAAAAACCAAACAGCAUCUACAGGCAACUACUUAUGAAGAGAGGCGGCGCCCGAGCCUUCUACGGGUUGAGCGGUCCUGCGAAUUCCAAAAGGCUUUCCGGUCCGUUUUUAUGUACCUUUUUUUCAACUUGCAAAAGGGAGUUCCCACGUGCUUUGUACAUGCGAAAAAUGAAUGAAAAAUUCCUCACGCUGCCAUGAUUUCAGAUUUAAUUUUGAGUAUAAUUUAGAAAACUUCGAGGCGAAAAAAAUGUAAAUGUGAAAAGUGAUUACAAUUUUCAAAAAAAAAUUCAUUAUUUAUAAUUUAAUCGAAUUAAGUUGCGGGAGAUAAAUGAAUUGAAGAACAUAACAUUGGGAACGGCUAACCGCCUCGAUAAUUUGAAGUUAAAAGUAGUUUCAAUUUCAAAACUAUCUUUUUUAACCACCACGGUGAAACUUUGUGAGUCGAUAAUGCAGAAGAUGUAUUCGAACUUCAGUUUUGAAGUCGGUUAUGAUGUUGAAAAUAUUUUGAUUAAGGGAAUGAUUUGAGAUAUGCUACGACGUUUCAAUGAAGAAAAAAACCAGAAAAAUUUAGGAUUUUUUUAUCAAAUUUUUUUACGGAAAAAAACCUUCAUUAAAAAGUUUUUUUAUAUAAUAUUUCCUAUGUGAAAAAAGUUGUUUUUCAGGGGCUUCGCCAUAUUUUUUCCACGAAAAACGAGGCGGCGGACGUAGUUUUGGACCGGCACAGGAUGAUUUUCUUUCAAGGUUCGUUAGUAGUAAAGACCUCUUUGGUUCGAAAAUUAUUUUUUGUUUUGUUAUAUUGCAAAAACCUAAUUUUUUCACUCUGCAAAUGUUUUUUACGGCUAAUGAUGUUUGAAAUGAAGGUGGGAGAAGCGAGGCGGAGGACGCGCUUUUUCCGGUAACUGGCGUCCUCAGCUCUACGACGGGUAUGGCUUUUUCAAAUAUUUCAAUUCUCUCCGAAGGUAAAAAUUUUGAAUCUAAGUGAUAAGGGGUUAUUGUAAACACGAACUAGGAAGGUUACUUUGAUUAUUUUAUCGGUGGUCUGCAUUCAAGUUCAGUUCUGGGCGGUUUUCAAAUCUCGGUACUUGAAAACUUGGUUUUUCACAUUCUCUCUAAACGUUUUCCCGAAGCUCGUAGGAAAUUCAAUGCGGAGCCGCCUAAUGUCUGGACUACGUAACAAGAUCUAGGCCGUUGGGGAAAGGCUAUUUUUUGGUCGGCAGCAGAAAAUAACAAUGGAAUAAAUAGAUUUGCUUCUUAAUUUUUGGAAGGAAGUAUCUUCUCACAAAAUCGACCAAAAGAGGUUUUGCGAGAGCAUUGUAUUGAUAAACUUGUUCUCGAGGGAAUUGCAAGUUUUGCAAGUCAAAAGAAAAAAUUAAAAAAGGCCUUCUCUAGAAAAAUCAUUUAUUAAAAAAAUUUCGAAAUUUGUCUAUCAAUUAUAAGCUUUGUUCGAAUUAUCAAUCGAUGAUUUCCAAACCGAGACGUUCUCAAACCUAUAUCUUUUUUUGAUGUUAAAAUUUUUUUUGAAAUUUUUGAAAAAAACUUGUGAUCGCAGCGUCAGACCUUUUUCUUUUUGAACACUCUUCGUUAAACUAGGCCGUUAUUAUUUCCUUGAACCAUAGCUAACAUGUCAACCGUCCUCCCUCAUUUCUAAUUUCAGUAUGAUUUUUUUCCUUUUUAUCUAAUGUAUCAAAGGUUAGUACUGCUUUAAUCAAGUCCGAAUUAGCCCAAGAAUCUAAAAAAGUUAUUUUCUUCGAGGGGAUUUUUCGAUCGUGGUCUUAGAAAAAAAAAUUCAAAUUGUGGUAUCUUGGUUUUUUUUUUCAGAUCGGAAACUGGGUAAGGUUGUUUAAUUUCUUUUUUCAAACUUGUCAAAAUCAUGUGAUUUAGUAUGUUUCGCCCGAAUUGAAGGGCGAUAUGGAUAUAUUAUAGUCUGUUCAGAUUUCAAAUGUCAGAUUUCAAAUGUCCUCGCUGAAGCUCCGCCCCCUAAUGGCGCGAUAAGCCAAUCAGAGAGCGAGCCAUCCACAGAGCGUUUUCAAAUGACGUCAUUCUACUUGACAUUCAAAAUCUGAACAGACUAUAGCAAGGGUGAAGCUAAACCACAAAAAAAGUUACCAAAAACUGUCGAAAGAACAUGAAAAACGUGACUCGCGUUUGACCACGAUUUUCCCGCCAAAAGCCGCGUCGCGUACGCAACGCUACACUCUUGCCAUUUCUCCUUUCAAGUCGGUAAGAAUUGACUUACCGAAAACUUGACUCAUCGAUUAAAGCUCCCCGAAGGUCUGAAAAAGAAGGAAACAAGAACUUGGGAAUGACCGCGAUUUCGGGUAGAUCUCACUUGAUGUAAAUGAGGACGUUUCUUCAUUCCUGUCUUUCAGAUACUACGAGACGCCGUACUAUCGGAAGCGGUCGUCCCUGCCGCUGUGGGCCUACCUCGAGAACCGCGACCAACAGUUCUUCUGA